AUGAAGUCCUCCAAAUCCUCCAGCGUUGGGCUGCCACAACAUGGCCACUCCUCCCGACCUCGUGAAGAGCGCGCCUCAUCUAACCCGGGCAAAGGAGAUACUAUGUCGGAAAAUAGGAGUGGCGGUGCCACCACCACCACGAGCUCGCACUUAGUCCACGCCCAGGGAGCCAAUGUGCGGGUACCCGAGAAAUUUACUGGGAUGGAGGCUAUGCGACGAAGAAUGAGUGCUGCUUUGGCGCAGAAACAACAACGGAGACGCGCUGCUGCCGCCGCCAGCUCUUCUCCCGAACUUACGAAAGAAGAUGAAACGCCUGGGCGAACUGCCACUCUUACCCACCCAGAAUCCAGCUCAGAUGAAUCGGUGAAUACUGGAACUCUUUCCACCGAUUCUGCCAGGACAAUAAAGGCGGCUUUUGACACGACUCCAGGCACCAUCAGAACACCGUCAUAUCCAUUCCCAAGGAUGUCUUUGAGAUUGAAUCGUGGUGUUAGUCAGCGUUCGGGUCCGUCCCACAAGCCCUUCACGUUGUUGUCGCCAACAAAUGAACCAGUUCUCGGCAGGGAUGCAACUUCAACACCACAGCCUCAGCCUCAGCCUCAGACCUCCUGCGACGAUCUGAGUACACCGCUGAACCACACACCUACAAGUCCAGGGUUUCCCGAAGACCCUAAUUUUCCAACCCCAGAUUUAUACGAUAUCACUCUUAUGCUCACCGCUGAGCCUGGUCUAGAUAUGUGGUGGGCUAAUGUGACGGAGAUUCUGUCAGAGGCGUACGGUGCAGAACGCGCCUCGCUUGCCAUCCCGGGUGACAUUACCGACCUUGAGAAUGUACCCUGGGGUCAGAAGGCGACCUACAACAUUUGCGGCACUGAGGGCGUGCCUCCUUCUCAAAUGGACUCGCUAGCAUCGUCCGAGAUCGAUGUCAAUCCUAUGGGUAGACGACCGGAGCCCUCGAGCAGGGUGCCCAGCGAUCUCAGUUCAUUACCUGGGCGUCGCCCGCCUCUCCUAUCCCGACACUCAAUUGCUGGAGCGGCCCCUGAUUCGACUCUUCGUCCUUCUAGCCAAAGACCUCCUGGUCCUGUCCGUGCUCAUAGCAGCAUCCCCAGGGAACAAGAUGAACAGGUUGCGACGUCGACCCAGCCCAUCUUGCCCCGGUUCACACGACAAGCUGCCACCCCACUCACGCUCUCUGCGACUGUCUCCGAUACCUUGUUUAAAGGGCAAUACUACUCUACCGGCUCAGGGUCUUCGACCCUACGAUGCCAUGUACACCGGUCGAUUCAGCCACUGGAAGCGGAGCCCGACCCUCUGCUGAUCCGCACUGGAGUCGUCUCCCUGUUUGGCAAGAGGAAGCCAAUUGUCUUGACCAGAGCAUAUACAGAGGAAGUACCGUCCAAGUCACCGAUGAUUAGAGAACGCACAGGUGACGGAAGUGCACCGCCUACCCCUUCAAGUGGUGUUUUGGACGAUCGAAGAAACACUAAGUUCGAAGAUUCGCAACCACCCACUCGUCCAGUCCGUGCGUUUGAUGAAUUUGAACAAGCCGAACCUUCCCCAUGGUCGCAGAGUCCAGCCCCCUCACCUGCGGCACGUCCUGACCCGGCGGAGUCGCCUUUCUUUGUCCAGCCUUCGACGGCGGUAGAUGAGACAGCCUUCGAGCAGAAUCCUCCUGCAUAUGACUACGGUAACAGUGCCAACCAGCCACUGAGUGCAAUUGGUGCUGAUAUGUCGAAAACCAUAAUCCAUCUACCACUCAUUCAGCCAGUCCUGUCGAGAGGCGCCCUAGCAUCAAACUUGCGGUUUCCAGUGGCCGUCCUAUCAUUUCUAUCACCCCUGACUCCGUAUCCGCGUAGUUUGCGACGUUCCUUGGAGACCCUCCUCCCACAUCUGGCAAGCUCAUAUUCUCUUGCGCAGCAGUAUAGCGCUCUAGAGGAUCGGUUGCGUGGCAGUCCGACAAGUCGUCAUGAGGCCGCAUUCGGACUCGGGGGCACCUUUUCUGACGAAGGGUCUGAGUUGGAACUAGUUGCAGAGUUGAGCGGACAGGUUGCUCAAGACAAGGAAAAGUUAAGAUCUUGGAAGUCCCAGGAAGCGGGUAGCCCCGCCGGCUCCAGAGAGAGCCCUUACAGCUCUGUGGUAAAUACGCCAUUGAUGGAACAUAUUGGCCUGAGUCCAGGACACCUACUAACACCCGGGAAGUCUGGGUCUGAGAUGGUAGACAGCUAUUUCUCUGUGAGGAGGCAUAAGACAGGCCACCAGCCCCUGACGCCCGGACAACGAAAUAGGGACGAGACAGAACAGACGAAGAGGUCCUCUGAAAAACCGUCAAUUAGUGCGAGAUACGGCCUCAAGAAGGCCAGUGGAAGCAUGGCAAAGCCACAGCCGGAACCACCGAGCCCAUUGACUACUCGAUCGGCGAGCAAUGCUUCUGAAAGUGAACCUGGAGAUUCAUCUUGGGUGUUCUCCUACGACAGGCUUGAUCCUACCGCUCGGAGGCAGCCAAUGCGACGGGAUAGCCAGACCAGAGAUGACGACGAGCGACCUUUGCCGGAAUUGAUAUCCUCUCUGAUGCUCAACUCGGUGCCGCUUCAGUUAUUUCUCGCCAAACCUGGCACAGGCGACUUGGUCUGGACUAAUCGCAAGUUUGACGCCUUCAGAAGCCAAGGAGAAGGCCGAGUUCGCGACCCAUGGAAAAAUGUACACCCAGCUGACAGAAACGGGUUGGUCAAACUGUGGAACGAUGCACUGAGGACCGGGAGUCAAUUUACACAUUAUAUCCGCGUCAAGCGAUUUAACAGCGACAGUGAUUACCGAUGGUUUGUCUUUCGAGCAAGCACCUUGCUCAGCAAUAAUGGCCGACUUUUGUAUUGGAUUGGGUCAUUCCUUGACGUGCAUGAGCAGUACAUGAAGAACGUGGAGGCGAGUGAAAAGGAAGCCACUAUGGCUCAUGACACCAAAAUACGUGCAUUGGCAGACGCCAUUCCACAAGUUCUCUUCGAAGCGAUCGAGGGCGAUGGCAUUGUUGCCGUUAACCAACAGUGGCAUUCCUACUCCGGUCAGACCUUGGAGGACGCCCGUGGCUUGGGCUUUGCUAAGCAUGUUCACCGCGAGGAUCUGCACAAGUGUGGUAUCUUGUCGCCUCAGGAUGUGGCGGCCAUCGGGAGAUCAUCCACGCCGAGCAGCCAGACAGACUCUUCAGGAGAUUCGAAUCGGACUGUGGCACCACCUUCAUCUGCUCAAAACCAUCUAUUUUCGCCUGAUCCAUCUUCUCUCGACGCCAUGAUCAAGACAGGCUCGGUGUUGGUGGAGAAAGAUGAAAAUGGACGCCUGUCUUAUCUGACCGAAGUUCGUUUGAGGUCCAAAGGUGGCGAAUAUCGAUGGUUCCUUGUGCGACUUGUCCGAGUCGACACCGGAUUGUGGCAAAGCCAGAGUGGUCGGGCUUCUUGGUAUGGCACGUGUACCGACAUUGAGACGCGGAAAAAUCUGGAAUGGGAGCUUAAUCAAGCCAACCUGAAGGUAAAUUCGGAAAUGGAGUCCAAGACCAAAUUCUUUGCCAAUAUGUCUCACGAAAUUCGGACGCCACUAAACGGGAUUUUGGGAAGCAUGCCUUGGCUGGUAGAAUCGACCCUGGACCACGAUCAGAGGCGGACUGUCGACACCAUUCAAAACAGUGCCAACAAUCUGAGGGAGUUGGUCGACAACAUCCUGGAUGUGACCAAAGUCGAAGCUGGAAAGAUGACGCUGCUUCCCAAGUGGUUCCACGUGCGGUCACUAUGCGAGGAAGUGAUAGACACCGUCUCCUCCAGAGCCAUAGAACGUGGCUUGGAACUUAAUUACUCUCUGGACACGAACGUUCCUUCGAUGGUCAAAGGCGAUGCUUUCAGGGUUCGUCAAGUUUUGCUCAAUCUUUUGGGCAAUUCGGUCAAAUUCACGGAGCAGGGCGAAGUGUACAUGAGGUGCUCACUUCGGGGGGAAUCAAUUCCCAGUUCAGACGAUAAGCCACGGCCAUCUGUCCUUCUUUCAUUCGACGUAGUCGACACCGGGCGCGGGUUCAAUCAGGAUGACUUCCAGGGACUGUUCAAGCAGUUCGGGCAGGUUGGAGGCGGGAGCAACCACGAGGCGGGCUCGGGGCUGGGACUUUUCCUCUCCAAGCAACUGGUUGAAAUGCACGGCGGCGAGCUCUCCGCGAGAAGCCAAUCGGGUGAGGGCUCAACAUUCAGUUUCUACAUCAAAGUGGAAGUGGAACCGCCUGGAUCUGAAGUCACAACUCCGGCCACCGUCCGACCAGGAGGACAACAGAGGCAUAAAGUGUCUGGGGUGAGCCCACUAUCUCGAUCCGACAACAAGACGCCGACCCUCGGCUCUUCAGCUCGAGGAUUCCUCUCCUCGGAGACAAUCAUUCAGACGCCAGGGCUUUCGCGGUAUACAAGCUCUCCCAGCCCUCAGCCUGUUUCGUUACCACCCCCUGAUUUGCCAUCACCCCCUGUCCUGCCAUCCGAGAGUUCUACAAUGUCGACGCGGUCCAAUUCGGGCAAUGUAGUGGGUAUCUCGUCAGUAUCUUCCCAAUUUCCAACACCGGAAUCGGUGCCGUCAGGCAAAGUGGUCACCACUACGAGCGAACAACCGUCCGUGGCAGAGAAAGCAGUAUCGUCACCUCCGAUACAUCGACGGAGCAAAAGCGACAACGAUAGCAAGGGAGUGCCAACUGAGAUGGCACAUCCACAGAUAUAUUCGAUCAUUAUUAUUUGUCCUGCCGAACACGCAAGGAUGGCCAUCAAGCAACACAUCGAGCAUGUGGUGCCGUACCAAAUUGCAGCCAAUGUGACCAUCAUCCCGGACAUUGGGACGUUCAUGGACCUCAUGAAUGGACCAGCACCACCUAGCUUUACGCACAUCGUUUUGGAUAUUCCUGCAACGUCGGAUAUCAUGCUUUUUAUGCGGCAGAUGAUCAACUGGACCGGCUCAGUGGUCCCAGCCCUGGUGAUUCUCACCGACCAUUACCAGAAACGGGACAUUUUGGAAGACUUUACGAUGCUGACGGCGAGUGGGCGCAAGGCAUUCCUGAUCCACAAGCCGGUCAAGCCUUCUGUCUUCGCCAUGAUCUUUGACCCGGCGCAACUGCGCAACCUGAGUAAGGACAGGGCACGGGAGGUGGCACAGUCUAGUUCCGAUGAUUUCCGGCAUAUCGCAGAGAGGGUCAAGGACACGAUUGGGGGCCGCGAAUAUCGAGUGUUGCUGGUGGAAGAUAGCGACGUGAACCGAAAGGUGAUCCAACGGUACCUUAAGAAGGUAGCGUUGGAGAACGACUCGGCAAAUGAUGGGCAGCAGUGUGUUGACAUGGUACAGGCCAAGGGUCCUGGAUACUACUCUCUGAUCAUCUGUGACAUCCAGAUGCCGAUCAAGAACGGAUAUGAUGCGUGCAGUGAAAUUCGAGCAUGGGAAGCAAGUCACGGUUACCCACCACUGCCGAUCAUGGCAUUAACGGCGAAUGCGAUGCCUGAGGAGAGAGCAGCGGCUGCAGAUGCUGGGUUCACGGACUAUCUCACCAAGCCGGUCGAUUUCAAUGUGUUGGGGACGAUGAUGAUGACGCUGCUGGAUGCUAGUGUGCCACACGUGUUCUUACGUGAUAGGCCUCCGGAGUCCUGA